AUGAACAAGCCUGCCCUCGAUCAUAUGCCCCCAGAGAUUCUGGCCGACAUAUGCUGGUAUCUCUGUAGCCACUGCACAAAUGACCAUCUCAGUCACUAUCCCCAGCCAAACUCACUCGCAACUCCUGAUCCGGGAAAGCUAUGGGAGAAGCCACCUGCUGAGGUCGCCACCGGCCUUCUGAGCCUCGCUCGCGCUUGUCGGGUCCUGAACAACGCUGCGACGCCAUACAUCUACCACAACAUCGAUGUAAGGAGAUGGUCAAAGAAGAAGAUCACGGAAUUCCUGAAUGGUCGCCGCCAGCUGCCGGAGACAUCCUUCAUCCACUGUCCCUCCUUCGAUGAGACAAUCCCAGAAAAACCCCAGGAAAAGCUGCAUGAUCUGCGAUAUCUGCACCUCGAAAGCACAUCUUCCACGCACACCCGUGAUCUAAGCAUACUGGAGGGCUUGUUCGAAAUGGCACCCAACAUCAGGACAAUUGCCAUCAAAUCCGGUGAUAUCGGGUGGGAUGAGUACCUGAACGCAUUUCCCAACGUGCCGCUCGCAAACAUCACCUGCCUGAAGCUCUUCAACAUGAUUGUCGAAUCGUAUGCUCUCGAAGAGAUCCUUUACAACUGCCGCCCUCUCGAGUCAUUCAUAUACAUAUCCCAGCGGGGAAGGAAUGUAACACCCUCGAAACUCCAGUACACACUUCACAAAUCCUCUCCCACCUUGCGUUACCUAGAAUGCUGCUGGCACUCAAUAGAUGGGGAUGAUUAUGAGGCGCCUAUGAUGCCGUUACUCAUCCGUUCGCUCAAGAUGUUUCGAAGACUACAGACGCUGGUUCUCGGUGGGGAUUCCCUCUCUAUUGGAAUACCCGGCAAGGAUGAUGCUAACAAUGCCGUCUAUGUAAAGAACCUUGAUCCGACAAGUCUAGUCGAGCUUCUGCCCGCUUCUAUCGUCGAGGUUCGGAUCGACUCGAAACACCUCCACAAGGACAUAUACCAGCCUAUGGUAGCAUUGUGCCAGGCAAAGCAAGCUGGGUCAUUCCCGGAACUUCGAUCCUCCGUACAGACUAACUUCGAUGUUUCUGAAGUUCCCUACACCUUGAGGAACCUCAGCGAACUAUCCGACAGAUACCAGGUCGCGUUCAAACAGGAGGUUGGAUCUGUAUUCCCACCGCCCUUGGCCCGUCUUCAUGGGGAAGACUCUGAAGACUCUGAAGACUCCUCAUAG